UCGGUUCAGUUCCAGUUUGGCUUCCUCCGGUCCUCGGGGCUUGGGGCCCGCCUUUGAGAGAAGGGGCCUGGCCACCCGUCCACCGAUGCCGGGACCACGUCCCCUGCCACGGGCACCGCGCAGGACACGGACAGCACAGCCGGACGAACGCGGGGCUUUUUGACGUUUUCUUUGCCGAGUUUCCGUGGUUAUUUUUCUCGCGGCCCUUUUGUAAUUCUCGGUCUGACGGCGGCUUCCCUUCCGGUGGGGGCUGCGUCUUCUUUUCCUUUUUUAAAGAGUUGAGUUUUGUAUUCUAAGUAUCCACGCACCGGGCAGCGUCCUGCCCCCUCCCAAGUAUUUGCACAAUAUUUGUGCGGGGUGUGGGGGCGGGUUUUUAAAGCGUUUCCUCUCUCUCGGACAAGCACAGGGAUCCGUUCUCGGGUGUGGGGGGCUGGGGGCUCCUCCGUCCGUGUCCCACACCGUCAUGGCCCGCAUGAACCGGCCGGCCCCCGUGGAGGUGAGCUACAAGAACAUGCGGUUCCUCAUCACGCACAACCCCACCAACGCCACCCUCAGCACCUUCAUCGAGGACCUGAAGAAGUACGGGGCCACCACCGUGGUGCGCGUGUGCGAGGUGACCUACGACAAGGCCCUGCUGGAGAAGGACGGCAUCACCGUGGUGGACUGGCCCUUUGACGACGGGGCCCCCCCGCCCGGCAAGGUGGUGGAGGACUGGCUGAGCCUGCUGAAGGCCAAGUUCUGCGACGACCCUGGCAGCUGCGUGGCCGUGCACUGCGUGGCCGGCCUGGGACGGGCCCCGGUCCUCGUGGCACUGGCGCUCAUCGAGAGCGGGAUGAAGUAUGAAGAUGCCAUCCAGUUCAUCCGACAUGAAGCUGACGUACAAUAGGAUGUUAGUCCCAGUUAUGCCCCAGUGACCAGGCCGCACGUAACCCACACCCACCUGACCCAGCCAGUCACUAGAAUGUCACUGACUCGGCUCCUGUGAGCGACACGGGAAGGGAUGGAGACGUGCAUGUGGACGGGUACAGACUAGUCACGGGGUGAAGCCACUGUAUUAACCCACCAUCCAGGUUGGGGGCCUCCUCUGUGCCAGCCCCGUGUGCCACACCCCUGCCCCGAGUGCCUCGAGGACCCCAACAGGUGGGGGUGGGGGUGGCAGGCGAGGAGUUUGUCUAGGCCAGUGAUGGCGAACCUAUGA